AUGGGAAACGUAUAUAGUUACGUUUUUCCAGAUCUCGACUUAACGAAAUCAACUCUUUCUCCUAUAACUGUCACUGUUACAGAAGAAGAAACUUCUAUAACUGCAGAGGUGACUACAAUCUUUUCGUCGAAUCCUGAGACAGAAGAUACCACACUCACAACACCACUAAUAUCUUCAACAACACCAAGAUAUAAAUAUAAAUAUGACCUCUACGAUUAUCAGACCACCACUGAAUCUCCAGGAAUAGAUUACAAAGUUCAAGUAAAGGUGGUAGACUUAGGAGAGAACUUUGUACCUCCCAAACCUGGUACUGUACAGUACGAUGACCUUAGUAAUUCAAUUUCAAAUAACUUCCAACCGGUGUUUAAAAGUUUGCCUGGAUAUCGCAGAAUCGUCAUAGACCAAUUAAAAAGCGAAAGCAACGAUAUAGUGGCUAUUAUGAAUGUACAACUUGAUAAAGCUGUUCUAGAAAAAGGCAGAGCUUUAUCAUCCUCAGACAUGAAGAACACAGAUGAACAAGUUCAUAAAAUUGUACAAGAAAGUGUAGGAUCAGGAAGAGUGGGGAACUUGAAAGUGGAUCCCCAAUACCUUGUAUUCGAACCUCAGAGUCGUACUACAAACCUCAUCCCUGAUGCCGAUGGCUCAACAAUAAGCUCUGGAUGGUUCGAUAUGCCUUCCACCAAGCUGUAUAUAGUUCUAGGAUGUAUAGCCGCUUUAGUAUUGGUAGCACUGGUGCAAGCAGGCUGUACCGUGUACAAAGCUACAGGUCGCAGGCGUGCUAACCGUCACAAGGACCACCUGAUACCAAAUUCCGCCUGGAAAGACUACUCCUCCAACACCAACUACGCCUUCGACUCUUUUGAACGCGAAGAACCCACCAAAAAGCAACAACAUCAACAACACCACCAGCAAAACGGAAAUGGUAGGUCCGCGCAUCCGCCCCAAAGCAGACCUCGCAGCAAUCCGCCUAGACCUCAAGGGCGCCCGCCAAGCGUGCCGCCACAAGGUCAUGGGGGAGACUCCAGGUCACUGCAGAGACCUAGAAGCGCGUUAUUGCCACCAAAUGACCGAAGUACCUUCUCCUUACCUCGCACCCAGUACGACAGGCACACUGUAGGGGCUGCUAAAGGUGGCCAAAUGCCAGCAGACUUCUACUUCAUGCCAUCGCAAAGAAAAUACUCGGGAGAGGUAGUCAGGGUGUACGUGGACUAUAACGGACAGAAAAGGGAACACUGAGAGCCUCUGCAUUUGUACCUUAUAUAGAUAUAUUGAGAACGUUUGUUGAGAUGGGUCUAUAAGAGACAGAUGUGUUAGAAUGUUGUUAGGUUAAAUACAAAUCGCGAUUUUAUCGUUAGUUCAUAUAUUUCUAGUCGUUCAUUUACCAUAAUAACAAUAAUGCACAUAUUACGGAACUCCUUAUGUAAAAUAGUACUUUUUGUCGUGGUUAGGAAUUAAGUCGUUUUGUUAAAACGACAAGGUUGCAAACUAUACUGAUGUAGAGUCAGCUAUUUAUACCUAUUUGACAUUAGUACAAUAAAUGAAUAUAUACUCAUACGACAGAGGAUAUUCAUAACCAACCAGUCUAUAAUUAAUUUAUACAAAGGUAGUAAAUUAGAGCUCAAUUUUCCUACUUCCAUAAACAUCUCUAUUACAAACUCAUAUACCUACAGGUUCACAAGUUGUUUCUUAAGUACAUAGUCUAAAAAAUUUAGGGUGUGAUUCCUCAAUUGUGAUGUAUAAGAAAAUCUCAAGAUAUCAAUCUUGUUAAAAAGAAAUCAAGAAAAUGUUUUCCCAAAAAAAAAGCAGUGGCGUAACAUUUAUUUUAAUCAAAUUAUCCAGAGGUGUGUGCGUACGAACGCCACUGGUUCAAGUAGGAAAACGACAGAUAAUGGAAAUAAACUCCAUUUAUACCCGGAAACCACAUACCAAAAUUGAAGGAAAUAUCGAAAUAGUUUUUUAUAUUUUUUAUUUAAUUUAGAUUUUUUUAUAUUUUUUAACACCCUGUAGAUCCGAAAAGAAGUUUUUUACACCCCAUGUUUAUAUACUUUUUUCUUAAAACAUAUGAGAAUUUACACCCU